AUGUCGAUGAUGCGUUCCGUUGUUGGUCUGAACAAGAGCCUUGCUAGCCAGAGCGUGACUCGCAUGCUCGCCACAGGCGCUCGUGGUUUCCACGCUGCUGCCCCUCUUGCUGUGUCGAAGAGCAACCCGCGCUCGUUCGGUGGUCCGUUGAUCCACCCGGGUGGCUCGUACAUCAAGGACACUGUCAAUGAGCCUACGGAAUACCCGAAGCCGAGCGCCAUGCACGGCUCGAUCCACUGGGCCUUUGAGCGUCUGAUUGCUGCCUCGAUCAUUCCCAUGUUCGCUGUGGCGACUGUGAAGCACGGUGCUUGCGGUGUCUUGGAUGCCACCCUGAGUGCUACGCUCAUUCUGCACUCGCACAUCGGUUUCGAUGCUUGCUUGACGGACUACCUGGACAAGCGCAAGUACCCCUUCACUGGUCCUCUGGCUAAAUGGAUCAUCCGUGCUGCUACUGUGGGCGCUGCUGUGGGUCUUUAUGGCCUGACUGAGCUGGUUGCCCGGGCGUGGGUCGCUUAA